UGGUGGGCGGGGGUGAAGGAAGAAAAGAACUCUCGUUGGAAGAGACCACAAGAGCCAUUCAGUUCGACUUUCCAAGAUAGAUAGAUAGAUAGAUAGAUUCAUAGAAUUGGAAGAGACCACAAGGGCCAUCUGAUCCAGCUUUCCUCGAUGGAUGGAUGGAUGGAUGGAUGAAAUCAUAGAGUUGGAAGAGACCACAAGAGCUAUCUGAUCCUAAUUUCCUAGAUAGAUAGAUAGAUAGAUAGAUAGAUGGAUGGAUAGAUGAAAUUGUAGAGUUGGAGGAGACCACAAGAGCUAUCUGAUCCUAAUUUCCUAGAUAGAUAGAUAGAUAGAUAGAUAGAUGGAUGGAUAGAUGAAAUUGUAGAGUUGGAGGAGACCACAAGAGCUAUCUGAUCCUAAUUUCCUAGAUAGAUAGAUAGAUAGAUAGAUAGAUAGAUAGAUAGAUAGAUAGAUAGAUUCAUAGAAUUGGAAGAGACCACAAGGGCCAUCUGAUCCAGCUUUCCUCGAUGGAUGGAUGGAUGGAUGGAUGAAAUCAUAGAGUUGGAAGAGACCACAAGGGCCAUCUGAUCCUAAUUUCCUAGAUAGAUAGAUAGAUAGAUGGAUGGAUGGAUGGAUGGAUGGAUAGAUGAAAUUGUAGAGUUGGAGGAGACCACAAGAGCUAUCUGAUCCUACUUUCCUUGAUAGAUAGAUAGACAGAUGGACAGAUAGAUAGAAUCAUAGAGUUGAAAGAGACCACAAGGGCCAUCUGAUCCGACUUUCCUAGAUUGAGAGAUAGAUAGAUAGAUAGAUAGAAUCAUAGAAUCGUAGAAUUAGAAGAGACUGCAAUGGCCUUAUUGUCCGGUAGACAGAGAGACAGAUAGAAUCAAAGAAUUGGAAGAGACCCCAAGAGCCCUCCAGUCCGACUUUCCAAGAUAGAUAGAGAUGGAUAGGUUUGUGGAGUUGGAGGAGACCACAAGAGCUAUCUGAUCCUACUUUCCUUGAUAGAUAGAUAGACAGAUGGACAGAUAGAUAGAAUCAUAGAGUUGAAAGAGACCACAAGGGCCAUCUGAUCCAACUUUCCUAGAUUGAGAGAUAGAUAGAUGGAUAGAUGAAAUUGUAGAGUUGGAGGAGACCACAAGAGGCACCUGGUCCAACUUUCCAAGAUAGAGAUAAAUAGACUUGUAGAAUUGGAGGAGACCACAAGGGCCAUUUGGUCCGUCUUUCCAAGAUAGAUAGAUAGAUAGAUAGAUAGAUAGAUAGAUAGAUAGAAUCAUAGAAUUGGAAGAGCCCAAAAGGGCCAUCUGAUCCGACUUUCCUAGAUAGAUAGAUAGAUAGAUAGAUAGAUAGAUAGAUAGAUAGAUAGAUAGAAUCAUAGAAUCGUAGAAUUAGAAGAGACUGCAAUGGCCUUAUUGUCCGGUAGACAGAGAGACAGAUAGAAUCAAAGAAUUGGAAGAGACCCCAAGAGCCAUCCAGUCCGACUUUCCAAGAUAGAUAGAGAUGGAUAGGUUUGUGGAGUUGGAGGAGACCACAAGGGCCACCUGGUCCCACUUUCCAAGAUAGAUAGAUAGAUAGAUAGAUAGAUAGAUAGAUAGAUAGAUAGAUAGAUAGAAUCAUAGAAUUGGAAGAGACCACUAUGGCCAUCUGAGCCUACUUUCCUAGAUGAAUUGAUGGAUGGAUGGAUGGAUGGAUGGAUGGAUGGAUGGAAUCGUAAAGUUGGAAGAGACCACAAUGGCCAUCUGAUCCGACUUUCCUAAAUAGAUAGACAGAUAGAAUCAUAGAAUCGUAGAAUUAGAAGAGACCACAAUGGCCUUAUUGUCCGGUAGACAGCCAGACAGAACCACAGAAUUGGAAGAGACCCCAAGAGCCCUCCAGUCCGACUUUCCAAGACAGAUAGAGAUAGAUAGGUUUGUGGAGUUGGAGGAGACCACAAGGGCCACCUGGUCCCACUUUCCAAGAUAGAUAGAUAGAUAGAUAGAUAGAUAGAUAGAUAGAUAGAUAGAAUCGUAGAGUUGGAAUAGAUCACUAUGGCCAUCUGAUCUGACUUUCCUUGAUUGAUCGAUUGAUUGAUCGAUUGCUAGAUAGGUGGAUAGAUGAAAUUGUAGAGUUGGAGGAGACCACAAGGGCCACCUGGUCUGACUUUCCAAGAUAGAUAGAUAUAAAUAGACUUGUAGAAUUAGAGGAGACUACAAGGGCCAUCUGGUCCGUCUUUCCAAGAUAGAUAGAUAGAUAGAUAGAUAGAUAGAUAGAUAGAUAGAUAGAUAGAUAGAUAGAAUCGUAGAGUUGAAAGAGAUCACAAUGGCCAUCUGAGCCUACUUUCCUAGAUAGAUAGAUUGAUGGAUGGAUGGAUAGAAUCAUAAACCACAAGGGCCAUCUGAUCUGACUUUCCUAGAAAGAUAGAUAGAUAGAUAGAUAGAUAGAUAGAUAGAUAGAUUUGCAGAAUUGGAAGAGACCGCAAUAGCCUUAUUGUCCGGUAGACAGAGAGACAGAUAGAAUCAGAGAAUUGGAAGAGACCCCAAGAGCCCUCCAGUCCGACUUUCCAAGAUAGAUAGAGAUGGAUAGGUUUGUAGAGUUGGAGGAGACCACAAGGGCCACAUGGUCUGACUUUCCAAGACAGACAGAUAGAAUCGUAGAGUUGGAAGGGACCACUAUGGCCUUCUGAGCCUACUUUCCUAGAUGGAUGGAUGGAUGGAUGGAUGGAUGGAUAGAAUCGUAGAGUUGGAAGAAACCACAAGGGCCAUCUGAUCCUACUUUCCUAGAUAGAUAAAUAGAUAGACAGACAGACAGAUAGAACCAUAGAAUAGUAGAAUUAGAAGAGACCGCAAUAACCUUAUUGUCCGGUAGACAGAGAGACAGAUAGAAUCAAAGAAUUGGAAGAGACCCCAAGAGCCCUCCAGUCCGACUUUCCAAGAUAGAUAGAGAUGGAUAGGUUUGUAGAGUUGGAGGAGACCACAAGAGUCACCUGAUCUGACUUUGCAAGAUAGAGAUAGAUAGAUAGGAUAGAUAGAAUCGUAGAGUUGGAAGAGACCACUGUGGCCAUCUGAUCCGAAUUUCCUUGAUUGAUUGAUUGAUUGAUUGAUUGAUUGAUGAAAUUGUAGAGUUGGUGGAAACCACAAGGGCCACCUGGUACAACUUUCCAAGAUAGAUAGAUAGAAUCGUAGAGUUGGAAGAGCCCACAAUGGCCAUCUGUGCCUACUUUCCUAGAUGGAUGGAUGGAUAGAAUCAUAGAGUUGGAAGAGACCACAAUGGCCAUCUGAUCCGACUUUCCAAGAAAGAAAGAAAGAAAGAAAGAAAGAAAGAAAGAAAGAAAGAAAGAAAGAAAGAAAGAAAGAAGAAACCCCCAAGAGCCCUCCAGUCCGACUUUCCAAGAUAGAUAAAGAUAGAUAGGUUUGUAGAGUUGGAGGAAACCACAAGGGCCACCUGGUCCAACUUUCCUAGAUAGAUAGAUAGGUAAAGGUAAAGGUAUAGGUUUCCCCUGACGUUAAGUCCAGUCAUGACCGACUCUGGAAGUUGCUGCUCAUCUCCAUUUCUAAGCUGAAGAGCCGGCGUUGUCUGUAGACACCUCCAAGGUCUACUGCCAUGACGGCAUGGAGCGCCGUUACCUUCCCGCCGGAGCGGUACCUAUUGAUCUACUCACAUUUGCAUGUUUUCGAACUUCUAGGUUGGCUCACUCCACUCCCCGGAUUUGAACCUGGGACCUUUUGGUCCACAAGUUCAGCAGCUCAGUGCUUUAACACACUUUGCUACUGGGGUUCUUGAUAGAUAGAUAGAUAGAUAGAUAGAUAGAUAGAUAGAUAGAUAGAUAGAUAGAUAGAUAGAUAGAGUUGUAGAAUUAGAAGAGACUGCCAUGGCCAUCCGGUCUGGUAGACAAACAGACAGACAGAACCACAGAAUUGGAAGAGACCCCAAGAGCCCUCCAUUCUGACUUUCCAAGACAGAGAGAAACAGAUCUGUGGAGUUGGGAGAGACCAGACUCCUUUUGAUGCAGCCUCGAAUCCCGUUGGCCUUUUUAGCUGCUGCAUCACGCUGUUGGCUCGUGUCCAAGGUGUUGUUUACGAAGACUCCGAGAUCCUCUAUCCCAGGGUCCAAGUCAUGGAUGAAGGUGUUGGAUAGCACUCUGCAGGACCUCCAGCCGCACCUCGCCACCCCUCCUUGCAGGGCCCGCCUUUCCAAACACGACCGAGUCCUCUUGAUAAACAAAGGCAGGCUGGAAGGCGGUGGAGGAGAAGGAGGAGGAGGCGGAGGAGUGCGAGUGGCAAGUGGAGGCCCUUCUUCCCUCUCCCCACCCCACCCAGCCUUGCACCCCACCCCAACGGUCCGGCCCACCUUGUUCUCCCCUCCGCCCCUCCGGGAAGGGCUUUUGCAGAGAGAAAAGCGAGUGAGCGAGAGCCGUGAUGAAAAGCGGGCUGACAGGCAACGGCAGCCGCCAAAGCCGCGUCACGGCAGCCUGUCUAAAGGGAGCCCAUUCCGCCUCUGCCUCCAUCCGCAGAAGCCCCUGAUCCUUUAAUCAAUCGCAGCCCAGCAACAGAAGAGCAAACACGCAGAGAUAACAAGCCCCAGCCAUGCAGUCCUUUCGCGAAAGGUGUGGUUUCCAUGGCAACCCGCCGAACUACCAACCGACGACUCCUUCGUCUUCGUCGUCCUCAUCCUCGUCGUCGUCGCAAGAUUCGUCCUCACGCCUGGAGAAUUACAGGCAUCAAAGCCAGGCCGGGCCGCACUGCGAGCGUCAGAGGAUGGUGGCCAAGGAGUACUACGGCCAGGCCCAGCCGCAGCCGCCCUUGCCCUACCCGGGCUACGGGGAGAACAGCGCCGUGGACAAGUAUCACCGGGGGAACAAGCCGCUGCGGGGCACGCCGCUCCCCACUCGGCCGCCGUCCUACCCCAACUACGCCAUCCAAGAGAAUAGUCCUUACCCGGCCCGUUAUUCCGGAGAGGAGGGUCUGCAGGCGUGGGGGUCUCCGCAACAACAACCUCCGCCGCCGCCGCCGUUGCCCGGCGGGGUGGCCAAAUACGAGGAAAACAUGCUGAAAAAGACGGGGAGUAGGCAAUACCACGAGCCGGCCCCUCAAAUCCCGUUCCGGACUCACUCCUUGCACCUCGCGCAGCCGCAGCCGCCCGCCAUGACGUACCCCAAGCUCCCGCGGCAGAAGAUCCCGAACGACGUGGCCUCCCCGAUGCCGUUCCCGCAAGGGCCGCACUUCACCCAGUCGUUCCCGGCCACCUCCACGUACACCGCUGUGCAAAGCGGGAACCAGGCGGUUCACCCGUACAAAAGUUGUAGCACGCCCUCGGCCCCGCCGCCGCCUCCGCCGCCUCAUGAACCUCGGAGCCUCGGAAAUGCCGCAAAUCUCUCCUCCGGGCAACGGGUUCAGAGCUUACACGGCUACCAACCGAACCGAAUUGCUUAUGACCAACAACAGCAACAACAACAACAGCAACAGCAGCAGCAACAGCAACAGCAGCAGCAACAAUCCAUGCAAGGAAGACAUCACCCUCAGGAGGCCCUGCAUUAUCAAAACCUAGCAAAAUAUCAACAUUACAACCCACCAGGACAGGGCUACUGCCAAGCCGAUCCACCCGUGAGGACACCGGACCAGUAUUACCAAACGUUCAGCCCUGGUUCUGGUCACUCUCCGGCCCGUUCCGUUGGCCGAUCACCAUCCUACAGUUCGACUCCUUCCCCGUUGAUGCCCAACCUGGAGAACUUCCAAUACACCCAACAGUCUCUGAGUACCGGAGCCUUUCCAACGAGCCUCGCCGACCACAGCCCUUUCAUGCCUUUGUUGAACCCGUCGCCGACCGACGGGGCAAGCCCAGAUACCCAGCCACCCGGGAAUUGUAAGAACAUACCAAAGGAAAAAAUGGCCGAGAACCUCUUGUCCGAUCUGAGUCUCCAGAGCCUGACGGCACUCACCUCACAAGUUGAAAACAUCUCCAACACCGUCCAGCAACUCCUACUUUCCAAAUCCACAGGGAUGUCCCAAAAGAAAGGGAUCAAAAGUUCACCCAGGACACCCGAACAACUCAAGGGUCAGCACUGCAGCCCCGAAGGUAAUAAUUACUCAGCUGAGCAAGCGGGGACUCCCCACUCGGAUCCUCUGAGCACCCCACAAUCAGUCCACGCUGAAACCCAGGAUGCUGAUUAUCUGAGUGGAUCUGAGGAACAACUCGAAAGGGGUUUCCUGUACUGCAACCAAAGCCGCAGCCCGGCCCGUGCCAACAGCAACGCCAAGGCGAAGCCCGAGUCCGUCUCUACGUGCUCCGUUACUUCGCCAGACAACAUGUCGACCAAAUCCGACGAUUCCUUCCAAAGCAUCCACACCAGCCUCCCACUGGAGACCUUUUCCAAGUUUGUCGCCAACGACCGGGACGGCCCCAGACUUCUCCUCAGUGCGCUUUCCCAAGAGGAGCUCGCCUCCGAAAUCAUUGGCUUGCAAGACGCCAUCAACGAGAAAGCCGACAAAGGCUGGUCCAAUUCCCCUGCUGCAAACAAAGACCCCAACAAAUCCCCCUUCCACUUGGAGAACCACAGGACCUGCCUGGAUUCCGUGGUCAAAAGCCCGUGGUCCAAUCCAGGGGAGUCCAACACCAUCACCGAACCCCUGAAGUUAGACAAAGCCUUGGGAGGGAAUACUGGGAAGGGUUUUACUGAAGAAGUAUAUGAGAACCCCCAGGUAGCAUUUCCAACCACAGAGACAAAGAAUUCCCUAAAAACGACAAGCUCGGUUGGGUACGACUCCAAAACCAACAUCCCAGUGGCCACCUCUAGCUCUGAGGCCGCCAAUUUCAGCUGCUAUUCGAAUGCCACGGCCAAUUCGGUCAGUUCUGAAAAUGCCAUGGAGAAUUUUGAUUGGCCAGACGAAAACCUCAGUGACACAUGGAAAGAACUUGGGUCGAGCCUUCAAGCGUCCGAUCUUUCCAAGGCCCUGUUCUCCAGCAAACUGAGUGAGACUUCUGAGGAGAAAAAAAACGAGUGCUGCUUGAACCUUUGUGAUACAGAAGACCCAGCUGAGCCUGAGCAAAUGGGAGGAUUCCCACAACAACAACAGCAGCAACAACAACAACAGCAACAAGAGGCAAGCAAGGGAGAGAACCCAACAUAUGAAGAAGCCACCAGAGCAGACAGUGAACGAUGGCUGGAAGACACCACCAGACAGUCAUGUUCUGGUGGAGACUUCAGCGAACUCCCAAUGAUGUCCUCUCCAGACCUUAAAGAAUCUGAUUUGGAACCAGAAGAAUAUUCCUCUUUGUGUGAACUCGCCAGUUCCGAGCAAAAGACUUUGACCUACGAUGCUUUCACACCGAAGCAGGCAGAGAACGCUCCGGCUCUUUCCCUCCAAGACACACCGGGUUCAGCGGAGGAGAUGGCGAACACCGUCGAAAAAGAGAACGCCGUUCCUUCUUCACAUCUCUCUGACCAAUCCGUCAUGCUCUUGGGCCCAACGGUGGGCACAGAGACAAAAGUGAAGAGUUGGUUCGAAUCUUCUCUCCAUCACUUGAAGCCUGAGGAGGAAACUCUGGGAGUUAACAACGUCCUUCCCAGCAAGGCAGACUCACCGGGGAAAAAGCAGAUCUCUCCGGAAAAAACACCGAUCAUAUCCGAACCAACGUCCAGGGGCAAGAGCCUUCGCAGUAAGAAGGUCUACUCGAGGCUCUCGGGAGGAGAAGACCCCAUCCAACCGAUGUCGAGCCCUUGUACGGGCAUCCAGGCAGCGGACAUGGUGGCCAACGCAUGCUCUGGUCCAAAUAAUCCAAUUGAAAUGCCAAGUAAGACUACUCAUGGCCCAACACCCCGGUCUCCAGCCGAAGGCUUCCCAGCUAGGAUGUGCACCCGCUCCUUUACUGCGCUGACCGACCCCAAGAUGCCCGACCCACUUGAAGGUGCCAAAGCUUCGACCCUUCAAGAGAAGCUGGGCAAGAAGUCGCCCUGUGUCAUCAAACAGAGAGCAACGUUCAAAGCAAGAAAACCAAACGGGAAGCCCGGUAAUCUGUCUCCUUCUUUGGUCCCGAAUUUUGUACCGAACGAAGACCCUGCUGGUCAUAAACUCAAAGAAGGCAACCCUUCGGAAGCAGAAGGAAAGGACCAACAGUCCAUGAUCCUUCGCUCCAGAACUCGGACCCAGGAGGUCUUCGACGGGAAGAAGAGGAAAGAGAAAGGCACUUUGGAUCCAGAGCUCAAAAAUACUAAGCCGCCCAAGAAGGUUUUCCCAAACCAUCUGCUUGGUUCCUUCAAGAUGAGCCCCCAGAUUAGACCCGAGAGGGAAAGUAAGCCGGGAAAAAGGGUGAAGCUGUCCAAGAUGGGAAGCAAGGUCUCUGAGAGACCACUCCAUGCCCUGAAGAGGAAGUCCACCUUCGUCCCGCCGGUGCCGGCCAAAAAGCGGAAUCUGGUUCUGAGGAGCACCGCGAAGGAGGAGAAGCCAGGAAAUGCGCCCGUCCUGUUCAAAAGGAUACCGUCGGCCAAGAAGGCCAAAAUGAAGCUGUCGGCUAAGAGUCCUGGCGAAGGUGCGCUCAAGUCCUUCCCGGCCAAGGAGAACGCCGUCUGCCUCAAGCUCAGCUCCAAGAUCAGCGCCAUGAAGACGAAGGUGCUUCCCCCGAGGAAAGGCCGGGGCUUGAAGCUGGAGGCCAUCGUGCAGAAGAUCACCUCCCCCAAUCUGAAAAAGUUUGCCUGCAGAACGGCCGCAGCGUCGGCGUCUGCCAUCACCGCCGCCGCCUCCCACGGUAAUCCUCUCAGCCCUUCCCUGCCGGAGAGGGAGCAGGCCUCAAAGAACGCGGCGGCGGCGGCGGGGGAAGCAGCCGCGAGGCCAUUAAACCAGGCCGUGUCACAAAAGGCUCCCGCUGCUCCAGCCCCCGAGCAAUUAUGCAGAAACCCGAACAACAGAUCCUUCAGAGGGAAACUAAUGAACAGUAAGAAACUCUCCUCCAACUGUUUCAAGGGUGAGGCCUAUCCGUCUCCUGAGAUCGGCAUCAGCGGCGGCGGCGUUGUUGUCAGCAUGGCCGCGAGCAGCAGCGUGGUGGGCCUCCUGCCCAAGAAAAGGAACCGAAAAGGGAAAGCGGCCGUCGUCUUCCGAGCGGCUAAAAACAGCUCCCACCUGGGCCCGGCCUUGCUUCUCCCAUCCCGGGCCGGAGGAGGCGGAGGAGGGAAAGUGGAAGAGGAACAAAGGGAAGGGAAGAAGCCCAAGGCCGAGGACAAAGCCUUCGGGAACGGCGAGGCUUCGGAAUUGAGGUCCUCGCGAGGGCAGAAGCAGCGGGCCAACAACCACGCCAGCUACAACGGCUACACCAAGCGGCAACGGAAGCAUCUCAACCGCCGCAAGGCUCCCAACGUGCCCUCGAGGUGUAAAAACCGGGCCAAGCGGCGUCACCAACAACAGGCCCCUCUUCUCAGCCCGGCCGAACCCGAAAUCCGGCUCAAGUACGUGUCGUGCAAGCGGCUGCGGACGGACACCCGGGCGGCGCCGUUCUCCCCGUACGUCCGGGUGGAGAAACAAGGCGAGUUCGUCACCGCUUGCACCGUGGUCAACUUCCCCACCGAGGAGAACAGGCUCCACGACGAACAGCACACUUCUUCGUCGGCUCCGGCGUUGUCGUCCCGGGCCACGCUUCCCCUGUCGUCCACGAUGCACCUCGGCCCGGUGGUCUCCAAGACCCUCAACGCCACCUGCUUGGUCUGCUGCCUGUGCCGGAACCCGGCCAACUACAAAGACCAAGGGGACCUCUGCGGGCCGUACUACCCCGAGGACUGCUUGCCGAAGAAGAAGUCGAGGCUGAAAGAGAAGAUCAAGGUGGACGGGCUGAGCGAGGAGCCGCCUUCUCUGUCCCUCCUCAAAGUGUCCACGGAUAAUAAUUGCUCGGGUGGGAAGUCGCCACGGUUGGACACCGGGGCCGAAUCCGCCAAGCAGAGCACGCUCCGCUCGAGCUCGAGGGGGAUGUUUAGGAAACUACAAAGCUGCUACUGCUGCGAUGAGAGGACAGAGGGAGAGGAUACAGCAGCAGCCACCGCCUCCGAAAAACCCCGGCGGCACGAAUGCAGCAAAGCAGACGUGCCGCUCCCGGACCCCGCCGGCGACACGCAGGAGCACUGGGUCCACGAGGCCUGCGCUAUAUGGACUUCGGGGGUUUACCUGGUGGCAGGGAAGCUCUAUGGACUGCAGGAGGCUAUAAAGAUGGCUGCCAACUUGAGAUGUUCCAGUUGUCAGCAAAUCGGAGCCACCGUCGGCUGUUGUCACAAAGGGUGUGCCCAAACGUUUCACUACACAUGUGCCAUUGAUACAGGUUGUUUGUUAACCGAAGAGACCUUCUCGCUCAACUGCCCCAGACAUAAGAAGCAGCCCUUAUAAUGCUCCGAGCACGAAGGGGGACACCGUCAUCUCCGCCAAAGUCUCAGCUCCGGGGAGAAGGGAAGCGGGGGGCGUUUCGAACCCCGAACCCCGUCGACGGGCAGCGGCUGCCACCUAAAAGGACUCCUAUUCGGGAGCGGCAAAGAGAAUGUAACCCAGCCGUCUUGCUCUCCGAGACCUACGCUUCCCCUCCCCGUUAUUAUUUUUUAAUUUUGCAAUAGUACUUCGACUGUGAAAAAAACCUGCCUCCGGAAUCUGCCUUUGCUGAGGCCACUCCCAUCCGAUCCUGAACCGGAUCCCGGAAACCCUACUCAAUCCGGCACAGGACUUUGGCUCCAAAAAGCCCUCCUCUUUCCAGGUUGGUGCGAGACCGUCCAGUUCCGGGUUUUCCCGCCUUCUCCGGAUGCAACCCGGGUCCAGUGGCGAAGAGAAGAGGAAACUCCAGUUCCGGGUUUUGACUCCUCCCUUCUCCCUUCCUUCACUUAGGAGCUGUAAACCAAUACUGAGAAGCUCAGAUCUUCUACCUGGGACACGGCUGCUGGCAAAACCUGGCCCGGAAUUUAUUGUUGUUCUUUUUCCCGGAACGGAUCCCAAAGAUCUGCGGAUUCCUAGAGGCUCUUGUUUUGGAAACUUGACAUCCUGUGGCCGGAUUUCCGGCGCGUGGCGGAGCCCGAGUCCCCCGUCGAUACCGAUCCCGCAGGACCCAAUACCAGACUCUCUUUCCGGGCCCCAGAGAGGAGUGGGGCCCAGGUCCGGAGCCCGGUAGAAGCGCAGCCGUGGGCCGCCGUCCUCGCUCACGUCUCGCGUCGUCGUUUUUUGCCGAUCUGAUCUAUUUUUGCCUUCAGCAGACCUCAUGGUGCGUGUGCGUGUAUGUGUGUUUUUUCUGUAUAUAUAUGUGAUCCGCGUGUAAAACAAAACAAACAAAAAAAACAAAAACGGAAACAAAAAAGCACCCCGACGUUUUUUGGGAAACAAAUGCCGCGUCGCUUUGGUUCGUUCGCUCGUUUGGUUUUGGGUUUUUUGGGGGAUAAUUAUUAUUAUUAUUAUUAGUUUGCUUUCCGUCCCUGUCUGCCCGAACUGCUCCCCAUCCGCUCCAUCUCCCUCGCCGCCUCCUUUUCCGCUGUAUCGUUUGCCAUUUCUCUUCCUCGGGAUCCACGGAUCCAGCUCUCGCCUUCCUUCGCCUCUUGCUUCAAAAGGGAAAAACAAAGGAAAUGCAGAAUACGAGAUGCUACAAAGGCCUUUCUACGUCAUUGUUUUGUUACCCUGCUUUGGUUUGUCGUGAGCCGUUCCAAGGCGGGACCUUCCCCUUCUAAACGGGAAUAGAAACAAACCCAUUUUUGGGAGUUUUUGGUAGUUGCUAAAAGUAUGGCGGAAGCGCUAUACACAGCCCAAUGCAACCCUAUAGCUAGUAGGUACAAAUCCCAUUGAUAUCAUUAUAAAUUAGGGACUCAAUCCCGGCCGAUCCAGGAAGCUAAGUAGAGUCAACUGUGGUUCCUCAUUGGAUGGGAAACCACCAGUGCAUCCCAGUUACCAUAGGCUUUAUUCUUGCCGAAGAAAGCCUUACGGAAUCCAUGCUUUGCCAUAAGUCGAUGACUUGAAGAUACCUGAAAACACACAAUUAGAAACCUCUCCCGCGUUGGUCCUUUCCUGGUUGGUGUGUGCAGCACCUCCAUCCACAACACAUCCACAACACACAAAAUUACCUCUUUUGAGAACUAGGUCCUUAUUUUGGGCAUCUCAUUGGCCCCUAAAAAAUAGCCCUUGAAUCCACCCGGGUUGCCCAAACUUGCUUGAAUUCAUUGCUGGUCAAGUUUAGUAUUUCAGGAUGACAAAGAAGGAACCAAUCCAUUGUUUUUAGUGUGAAAUGUUUUCUUGUUGGCAAAUUAAUUUCCUAGUGAGAAUGUCUCCAAGGGGAACCUCUCUACGCUGUCGAAUGCACGCAGCUUGAUACCAUUUUAAUCCUUAUGGCUCAAUGCUAUGGAAUGGUGGGAGUUGUAGUUUGCCAAGGCAUGAGCAGUUAGGGUAGAUAGAGAAGGCUCAAGGCCUUGGAAGGCUCCCAGGUUUCCAUCGCAUUGCCCCCGUGGCACUUAGAGUGGUAUCAAUCUGUGUUAAUGCCACGGUGUAGAUGCACCCAAAGCUCCUCUUCGAGGGGUGGAAAGUAAUUCCCGUUUCGGAAUUUUGUUUGCAUCUCAAUUGAAAUAAAACUGGGAUAUGAUGAUUAUUAUUAACAUUAUUAUUAAUAAUAUUUUAUGGAAAUGUCUAAUUUUGUGCACCAUUAUUAUUAUUAUUAUUAUUAUUAAUAAUAAUAAUAAUAAUAAUAAUAAUAGUAAUAAUAAGUGAAAUGGUGCACAGAAUGAGACAUUUCCGUGACUGCAAAUGGGCCACAGAGCGAAGCUCAAACUGUGUUAAAGCCAUGGUGUAGAUGCAUCCAAACCUACUAUUUGAGGGGUGGAAAGUAAUUCCUGUUUCCAGUUGGGAAUUUUGUUUGCAUCUUAAUUGAGAUAAAACUGGGAUAAUAUUAUUAUUAACAUUAUUAUUAAUAAUAUUAUAAUAAUUAUUAUAAAUAUAAUAAUAAUAAUAAUAAUUAAUAAUAAUAAUUAAUAAUAAUCAAAAUGGUGCACAGAAUGAGGCAUUUCCGUGACUGCAAAUUUGCCACAGAGUGAAGCUCAAACUGUGUUAAUGCCAUGGUGUAGAUGCAUCCAACCCUCUUUGA